UGAAGAGUGAGUUGGGGACUCGAUGAUUAAGUGAGGGGAGGUAGGUCUAUUUAAUUAGGAGUUAAAUGCCACCGGAUAUCGGUCCCAUGAAUGUUCUUGCACAAUCAAUUCUCUCUCGUUCGGUACUACGUAGGGAUACAUGACCCGACCCCACCUCCGUUUAGAGAAUUUUGAAUGGAGAGCGCACAUAUUUCUAUGGCCAUUUACGAUAGGCCUACAUGGGAAUGCAUGUUUUGUCAGACUUGAGAAAAAGUUUGCCUGUCUGUUCAUAAAUGUCAAUAAUGGAAAAACGAUUACAUUACCAAAACCAUUACAAAAAAAAAUUUGUAGGAAUGAUGUUUUGCUCUCCUUACGUACGUCUUAUCGUACUGAAUACUCAGUACGUUCCCAAACAUUUGCGAAAAAAUUCACAAGUGGUUCAGGUUGGAAUCGAACCCGUGACCUCCAGAUAGCUAGCCUGGCACCAUUCCAUUAGACCUUGCGCUUAGUGACUAGUGUUGAAUCCGAUACGCAAGUAGCAGUGGGAAAUAUUUUGCUGACGCACUCACAUCGAAAUAGCAUAAUUAAUUGAUUGAUGAAAAAUUACAUUUCCCUUUACCUUUAUUUUAUUUUUGCUUCUUUCGUGAGUUUUAUAUAGUGGGGGCCUACGCGCUUGUACCACAAACACAGCGUUUGCGCAUAAACUUUCGUGUGUUUGUACGUUUACACUGUCCUUUUUUGGACCUUAGCAACGAUAUCCAAGGGUGGAGCUUAGUGAAAUCGUUCAAUUUUGUACCAUUAGGCCAAGACAAUAGGCGUACAUGUCAUUGAAUUGCUGAGCCCACUGAAUUGCUCCAGCAAGCCAAUUUUGUACAGGCUUCAAUAGAUACCUAUCGUUUAAUUAAAUGUAUACUUAUUAUUUUCUAUUUCGUUAAAUAUAAUAAUAGAUAUGGCGAAGGAACAGGCGUGGUAGGUUUUUCAUCAUUUAAAUGCAACGGAAGUGAAAGCACGUUACUUGAAUGUGAAUUUACGUCAAUGCCGAGUUCUGCGCAGUGUGGACACAAUAGAGACGCGGGUGUGGAUUGUAACGGCGGCCCAUGUUCAAGUCAGCCGUGUCAAAACGGAGGGAAAUGUCACGAGCUAAGUAGCGGUAGCCGAGAGUGUAUUUGUCUUGAUGGGUUUGGGGGAAUCGACUGCGAAGAUCAGUCUCAGUCAGAAAAGGGUGGAUUUUCUGCAAGUAGUAGCACCUACAGUCUUGGAAUAAUCAGUAUCAUUACUGUAUCCGUUUGCUUGGCCAUGUUCUUUAUGUUCUUAAUCAUAAGUUACAUAGUUAUGAAAGUUGUAAACCGGGACGUUGAAAACAACGUAAUAGUAGUAAUUCCAACAGCGCCCUCUAUAAAUGAUAUGGAAAUGGACGAACAACAAAUGGAUGUAGAUUUAAUGGAAGCCAGAUCGUAUACAGAUGAAGAGAGUUACCGGAAAGAAGAAGUUGAAGGCAAUUAUUAAUGGGAAGAUUUCAUUUGGUUUAUUCGGAAAUGGACGAACAACAGAUGGAUGUAGAUUUAAUGGAAGCCAGAUCUUACACCGAUGAAGAGAGUAACCGGAAAGAAGUGCAUAAAUGGGAAGAUUUCUUCGAGUUUAUUCGGAAACUUGUUCGCACUAAAUCAAAUCUGGUUUAACAAUAAUUAUGAGGGAAAAUUAACUAUAUAGAGAGUAACCCUUCCAGCUGAACCCGAAGGCCAGUUGAUGUUCAGGGGCCCUCUUCAAAAUGUCAAUAAAAUACAUAGGCCUAUAUACAAUAAUUCAAACGUAGGCCUGUAACACUAUACACCAACAAAACAAAAAUAAAAUUCAUCUGAGAUACUGUAGCAAUAUCAGGGGCGGAUUUAGGGAGCCGCCACCCCUCCCCCCCCCCACACUUUUUUUGGGAGGUAAAAAAAGAAAAAUAA